GUUGCCAAGAUGAUGCAGCAGAUUUUGAGGGACAUGUACAUCGAUCCGGACCUGCUGGCGGAGCUCAACGAGGAGCAGAAGCAUAUCCUAUUCUAUAAGAUCCGCCAGGAGCAGGUGAGGCGCUGGGAUGAGAGGGAGAACCAAGAGAACCAGGAGAACCAGGACCAGGACCAGGGAAAGAAGGGUGAGUCUGGGUGUACUCUACUUAGCAGCAGAAGUAUCCAGUGGCUGCAGGGCUGCGAUGGGGAUGUGUGGGUGUGGGUGAUGGGCGACUCUCCUGGGGAUAAGCCUUAUGAGGACAUCAUCAAGGAGCUGAUGGGGGAGAAAGCCAGACGGCAGGCUCAGCAGGAGGCCAAGGAGCUCUGGCGAACCAAAGAGGCUGAGAUCGAGGAGAAGUUCCGGGAUGCUAUGGCGAAGGAGAAGGCCCGUUUUGUGGCAGGGAAGUGGAAAGAAGAAACGGAGGACAGGAAGGCUGCCAAGCAGGAAGAGGAACACAUCCAGGAGUCUCUCAAGAAACGAGAGGAGGAGGAGAGACAGCAAGGUGAGGAGGAGAUAAAACGUGCAGAGGAGAAGAGAGCGAGGGAGCUGUAUAUCUCCCUAGAGCAGGAACAGAGAAGGAGUGAGAAGGAUGACAAGGAAUGGGAGGAGCAACUGCGGCGCUCUAAGAUGGCUGACCAGGAGAUGCAGAGAAAAGCAAGGCGGGCACGGGAUGAGUACAAGCGCCAGUCCCUGCGAGCUAUAGAGAAGGGCCGUGUGGCAGGGCUCAGUGGGCUGUUCCAGCAGGGCCCAGUGGUGGGGAACGGACCAACAGCAGCCCCCUUCAGAAGAUACAGCAACGUGCUAGAGUCCUCCUCUUCCACCACCCACCGCCCCGGCCUCCAGCCUGCUACUCCUCCACUGUACCGCCGUAGACAGAGCCAAAGGCACAGCACCAUUGUUACACAGCCACUGAUGGACAGUCCUGCCUGGGUGAGAGCCCCCCGGCCCAGCUCCAGAGAGUGUGUUUUGCUGUGGUUCAAAGAAGAGCAGACGCCCAAACAGGCUGGCUAUGAGCGCAACAGCACCACCAUCGCCCCCUGGUUCCACGGUCUGAUUUCCAGACAGGAGUCAGAGACCCUGCUGAUGAACACAGCAGAGGGCUCCUUCCUGGUGAGGGUGAGUGACAGGAUCUGGGGAUACACGCUGUCCUAUCGCACGGCCGACGGCUUCAAACACUUCCUGAUCGACGCAUCAGGAGACUACUACAGCUUCCUGGGUGUGGACCAGAACCGCCAUGCCACCUUGGCUGACCUCAUCGACUUCCACAAGCCCAGCAGCUACAGCAGCUACAAAAAGUCCACCUCAAUGAGGAAAACAGGAAGCUACAAGGAGGAGCUAACAGAAGAUGACGACAUCAAAACCUACCUCUGUACGUUUGAAUGGACAGCACUAUGGGAAGGAUGGCCAAGGCAGAAGUGGACCAGUCUGCUGGCCCCGUUCCUCUCUGGGAAUGCCCAAAAGGCGUAUUGGGACCUGAACGAUGAACAGGCGGCUAACUACAACGGACUCAAACAGGAGAUACUCAGCCGCUACGGGUACAGCCUGGCCCAUCGGGCUCAACUACUCACGAAUGGAGGUUCAUAG